GUCAAGACAGAAUACGGCAAAGAUUGACCAGCAAUCUGGCCCAACUCCUCGAAAAUCAAACAAAAUGAAGCCUCUGCCUGAUAAUAUCACGGAGUUCAUGAAGGCGAACUCCGACUCCUUCCCAGAAGCCUUUGUGACCUGCUGGAACGACACUGCAAGCGACAAUUACCAGAUGAGCGUCCACGAUUUCGAGCAAUUCCCAUGUCUUUACUACAAUAAUUGUGAUUGCCCGAAAAUGGAACCAAAGCCGGAUAUCGCGGGGAAGUGUGUAGUGAUUGCGUUCACUAUGACUGCUUUCUUUACUCUAUGUUUAUCAAUAUACUGCUUCAUCGUCGGACGUACCAACGAACAGCGACAGACAUUCAAUCCGGUCGACCGGUUUGUUCGCAGACGCAUAUCUGAGCCUCUCCGCCACUUCAUGUAUCGGAUGGGUGUCAACCCUGACUUACAAGCUCUCAUCGCCUACGAUCUCGUCAAUACUUUUAGCGACCUUCAGCUUGUGACAGGCCUCGCCAUUUUAGUUGCCGGAUUCACAGAGAUAGCCCAACGCAAGAUCUCGGUUUACCAUUUUCUCAUCGUCACUGACCUCGCAUGGUUCUGUACCAACUCUCACCUGCUAUCGCUGGUAGUCACUCGAAACAUGAGAGAUAGUGUCAAGAGAACGCAUCCGGAUCGUUACAAUCGCGAGCAAACCGAACUUGCAGCACGUCUCAGUCGCGCCCUCCGGAUCCUAUUGAUGGUCUCCACAUUUGCAUUCCUCAUGUUCGCGUUCUGGGCCACUGGGUUCGAAAUGGCCUAUGCCUACUUGAGCUGCCCGAUGGAUUGCAUGUUAGUCGAGGAAAAGGGGGGUGGACCUUGGAACCAGAUGGUGGCCAACAUGGUCUUAAUGUCGUACUUUUAUGCCGUACAGAUUUUCCUCACUUGGCGUACUGGUCGUAUCUACUGGAUGGACCACAUCAGGAGGUUCCUUAUUGACAAGCAAGGCCAGCCAGUCAACGUUCUGAACCCAGAAGUGGUUUUCAAGCGAUGGACAGAAAACAAGGUGUGGAAGGUGCUGAAAACUUUGCCCCUUGGCUUGUGGUACUUUAUCGCGUCUGAAACCGGGACGCUGCUUGGACUGACCGGUUAUUUCACAUUUGGGUUAUGGUCUCUGCUCUUCGAUCGAUGGGCCGCACGCGUGCUCUUAGAAGGAGCCAGUGACGAUGAUGAGAUCGUAUUCAGCCAGCUCGUCCCACUGUUCUUACUCAUUAUCCCCUUCAUGGGCAUCUUUGAGUCCUAUGCUCGACAUUCGAAGGAGGUCAAGGAGUGUGCCACAGAGCUGGAAAGUCGGACAUCGGAGGGAUCAUGAGGACAAAUUUGUUUCAUGCGAGUGGUGAACCUUGAGUAAGAACUGGGACGAAAAGGAAAGACACGGGGAUACAGGGUGACGUACGAGAUACCUAUGACUUAGGCAAGGAGGAAGAAUACCCAGAGAUGCGGAAUGCCAUAAUUCGCCGAACAUCGGAUUGAUUUCGAUUUAGAGAAAAUGUCAGCUUUUUUGCACGGUCAAAGCAACAUGGCGGUGUUCAUCGUGUGUUUGCCGUCAGGGUUGGCCAGCACGUUCCCAUCGUUGCCUCUUCCGGCGGUGUCACGGAUCGUCGAAGCGUUGGCACUUUCAACCACCAAGAGGCGUACGAGGAGAAACCGUCAGC